AUGCUGAGCAGAAGUAGCGAUGGGACCAGUCCCACGGGACCCGAUCCCAACGAGUACAAAGGUCACCCUCAACCGCCACCAGACGAGCGGCUAGAGUCUGCUUUCAAUUUUCUGGCGGACGAGGAUUCGGACAGACACCUGGAUUUCGACUCCAGGGUCGGCGAGAUCGAGGAAUACGUAAAACACCUCGAGGAUCGCAAGAUACCUUGCUCGGAGCAGCUCCUCAAGGAUGUGAAAGUCAUGACUGCAGUCCACCGCGAGUGGGCGCAGCGCAGGACGGAUCCCCCCCCAGACAGCAAUUGUGACAACAGUCGACCGGCCCGGCAACCCUUCUCGACCAGGCUCAUCUCCAUCCAGACCGCGAAGGCGCUCAAGGCCCAGCGCGCCGCUGCCGGCACCGACAAGCAGGCCAGAGAAGACCACGCCCCCUACUCGGCCUUCCGCGAGGACGACCACGGCGAGUUUCUCGCGGCGAUGAGAAAGGACGCCGCCGUGGACCCGGAUGAGCUCAACCCGGCGACCAGCCUCCUGCACGCCGAGAGUCGCGCUUACGACUGGGCUCGUCUCGAUCCCAUCAUGAUCCCGUACUGGAUGCACCCAACCCAGGGUAUUCCGACGAAAGGCUUCUCGGCGGCCGAUCAGACGCCCUGGUACCGAGAACCAGUCCCUCAUCCUCUAGAGGCCAACCGCCCUGCUCGAGGAUGGGUGCCUCGGUAUCUCCUCGACACGGAGGAGCGGAUCAACGGCCUCCUCAGGAAAGCGUCCAACACCAUCGAGGAAUAUGCCGAGCUCGAAGAUCUCCUCCGGUUUGUCGAGCCCUCGCAUGUGCGCCAACUCCAUGACGAGAACAGCGCUUUUGACAAUGACGAGGUGGCCUUUGCCAGCAUUCUCAAUCACCUCAGAGAUGAUGAUCCGGCGAAGCCCCUGUACGCGUUCAAGGAGAAGGAGCGGCGGGCCAAAAUCGCGCAGGACUUUCUCGAAGCGUACGACGCGUGGCGAGCUACCUUCAACGACGUGUACUUCAUCGUCCGGCUCCCCAGAGAGACCACUGUCGUCGAAGUCGAACAGCCAGGCGUUUUCUACGUCGAUCACGGGGUUCCGGGGCCUGCUCGGGCGGUUGUUCUCCAAAGAGCCAGUGCCCUUCUCAGGUCCGACACCCUGGCAAGCCUCACACAGGACGAUCUAGCUGCUUUCGCCCUUCUCGCGCAGAAAUCGCAGGAUGCUGAGAUUACACAUUACCAGAGAGCCAAGGCUGCACUGCUGCGGUCGGUGGGGGCAAAUAGCAAGGACGAUCUUGAUGCCGGCCAUAGGGCCACGUGGGACCAUCUUCAGCAUACAGAAACAGCGCUGCGUCGACAAUGGCUCGUUAGAAUAUCACCACUUAACCCCGAGUUCAGGUAUCUUCGCCCGGGGGAGAUGGAAGAGAAACUGCCGAAUAUCUUGUACAUUCCCUGGGAGAUCACAUCGGUACCAACAGUAGCGAGUCCGCUCCUGAUCGAAUUGGCUCUUCCUCGCGACGCCCAGGCCGCACAGGACACCAUCAACGCGGAACUCCAGCAGGCGAGGGGGCCGAAGACGGAUAUAGAUACCCUCUUGCAGUUUGUCCCAGCAUUCUAUCCUGCCCUGCGUGAACUGGCUGAGGCUCACCUGCGUUGGGAUUUCCUCCAAGGCUUCGCCUCCACGAAUUGGCGGGCCGAGGACUUGCGAUUGAGGGGUAUCCUGGACCCGAUCUUUGUGCAACGGUUUGAAGCCUGGCAUCACGGACUGGGACGGGAAGUCGUCGUCAAGAUGCCCCGUUUAGAUCAGGUCCCCGAGGAGCCGGGGAUGCUGUACUGCCGCCACGAGCCAGGCCUGUGCGGUCAAGACGACUCGCCUGUCAAGAUACAGAGCUUGGUAGAUCUAGGGAGCUCGAGGAGUCCUGAUCAGCAGAUCGAACUCCGGAACCUGUUGGUUCGCCAUCAGUACGCGGCACUCGACAGCGCGUGGCGGGCCUGGAAGGAGGCCGAGGGACAGUCUCCCAACCAGGCCAAAACCGACCAGUUGAAGCGCGCGUGGGAAGCCAUGUCGGAUCGGUGGACCCGGAGCAUGGAGGGCUCGGUUAUCACGAUCAAGAAGACGCCGGAUCCCCGCAUCAAUCCUGACAAUGACCCUCGCGUGGUCUACUAUCGAGGCCCGAUAGCAUUCGAGCGGCGCUAUCCAGCGCUGGACGAGAGCCUCCGAGCAGAAAUCCAUGCGCAUAUUGCAGCGGGAAACCGUGACACCGAAGAGUUUCGUCCGAGCGACGACGGUCUUCUACCUGCCCAUAUCAGAGCUGCUUUGCACCGAUACCUACAUUCCGGUACCGCGCAAGACGGUGCGCUGUACGCAUACCAUCUUCGGUUGCUGUGGUCAAAGACGCUGCCGAGGUUUACACCGGAUGUCGGUGUAGCUCAUUCGCGUCAAGAGACGCCCACGGCUACACGUAGGCUAUCGCAAGACAAUCGGCUGGGUGUUGAUCUUGCAAAGAUGGAGCCUGUGAUUGCUGCUCUCGAGGAAGACAUCAAUCACCUCAUCAGAGAUAUCCGAGCGAAGUCAAACAUUCAGAGGCGCCGCACCCUGUUGAGACAGAUUGAUAUGCUGUUGAGGCAGUUCCAACCUCGUAGCAUCAACGCUAUCGAGGUCUUUUCCAGGGAUCCGAACGUUCCCGAAACCGAUCAGAGGGCUCUGAAGCUUGAGGCAGCGAGGCAACACGUCGUAUGGCGACGGCCCAUUGUCGAGAAUGGGGCUGUCAUAUCCAGGUCCCAAUACACGCCGGUUCCUCGGGGCAGUGUAGUCCUGGAAUUCAUGCCCAAUACGGCGUACAGCGGCGAGGCCUUCCAGAUUCAAACAAGGGAUCCCGCGAACGUUCACUCUUUACUGGUGCACAAAUAUGCAGACUAUGUCACCCCUGUUGCAGAAGUUCCAAGCGCUCACGACAGGACGGACAUUGUCACUUUGCAGAGCACGAUCAAUGAUCUGCUCAGGGUGAGAGCCGCGGGUACGGAUUUCUCGUGGGAUGAAAGCGAGCUGCUGCUUGCACGUUUGCGAGCUUUGAUGCCGAAUCGGAUCUCGAUUCAGGAAAAGGCCCACAGGCUGCUGGACCGCGACGCCAGAGAGAGGCGCGAGCCUGAGCAUGACGAAAAGUUCUGGGAGUCGUGGGAUACUUGGAGCAAGACGUACGACGCCUGGAUCGACAGCUUCCCCGGUGGCCAGAUCAGAAUCGCAACAGCAGCCAAUGCUGCGGACAAGACCGCCAUACCGCUCACCGCAACCGACAUAACGGCCGCGGCUCUGAAAGACUUGGCAGAGCCCAAGCGUGUCAAGACGUUACCUCAUGUUGUCAAGAGUAUGGAGAACGAUGUGAACAGUUACCUGUACGGUCCACUCGAAACAUACUCAGAUGCGGAUCGGCAAGUUGGAGAUGCUCUGCUCUGGGAGCUAUUCCGAGAUAUAAGGGAAGAGCUGCACGAAGUGCUCCUCAGGCACAUCCAAGCCACGUACAGCACCGAACCGUUGGACCAGAACCAUUUGACCGCAGAGCUCGCCGCUCUCGUCGAGUCGCUGGAGUUGCGUGCUUGUACCAUCUUUAGAGACGAGCUGAGGCUGCUGGCGCCGAACCAGAUCUCUAUCCACGAGCCGCUUCCCGGCAAGUUCAGAUUCUUGCCCGGCCCAGGGACCACUUUCGUCGGCGAGAAGCAGAUAGCAGCGACUCUCGCAAGUCAACUCCUGAUUGACAAUUUCACGGACUCGAGGAUGGAGUUUCUCGAGCUCACGUCGAAGAUCAGGAGAUACAUACCUCUCACCCCAGAGGAACAUGCUCGCUUGGAGAUACAGGUUGCCUCGCUGUCUCGUGCGAACCUCAAGACCAUGCAGGAGCAGUCGGACACUGUCGCCAGACGUCUGGCUAAAUUCUCGACGACCCAUAGCUUCGAAGGGGAUGAGGAGGCAGAGCUCUUAGAAGUCGACCGGAGCUGUCUCUGGCACCGAUGGGCCCUCAAUUCUCUCGACCCAGGCCUCGGGGUGCUGCGUAAUCCACCCUGGCCGGAUGUCGUGGACAGAUUGAUCGCUGCGGGCGCGGCAACAAGUAUUCGCAGCGACGCAGUCGUCCCCGUCGUAGCACCCAGCGAGUUCGAGAUCAAGGAGCUGGAGACGGAGAUCAACAAUCUGCUCUCGAGGCAGAGGAUGGGCUCGCUGGAUGGUUCCCAGGAAUACGAACUCUCCUUCAUCCUCAGAGAGUUGUUGCCGACUGCGCUCCGGGUGGUCAAGAUACGGAUUGACGGGCAGGGAAGGGGAAUCCUCAGCUCGGCUGACACCGUCACGGGGGGUCUGGCCGUACUGGAAGCACAAAAGGGCUUCGCUCAACGAUAUGCGCAGUACCUGCGCGACUUGCCUGCGUUUGGUCUCAUCCUUGAUACCUGGUGGUACAGUCAAGAGGUGAUCGGUGCCGCUUGUUCCCGAUGGAAGAGAUUCAAAGAUAUGCAUGUACACCAAGAUGGCGUAUCGCUGUUCCCAAGCACUUCUCGCCAGAUCGAGAAUACCCAGCAGAGGCAGUGGUUCCAGCGGUACGCCGUCCUCGUGGGAUGGGUUGACCGUGGCUGCCCGGAUCCUGCCUCGGCCGAUGUGACAUCGCAACUGCUGUUGGAGAACCUCGACAGCUCGCUCGCGAGUUUGCAAGCCGAGAUCCGCAAGACCAGCUCUACACUGGCGGCGGCUGAUGAUCAGGAUGCUGAGCUCUCUCUUCUGAACGUCAAAGAGGAAUUCAUCAAGGGUUUCAUGGCGUGGUAUACCUCCUUGGCUCCCCAGCAGUUAGCUGACAUCCGGUCUGGUGGUGUCCGGUCCAGCGCGGUCGAUUUCACCGGCAAGGCGGAAAGAAGAGGCAUUCAGAGAGCUGCCAUCGAGAUUGCAUUGAACCUCCUGGCCACGAACCAGGAGCAACACCGACCCGCGGAUCGCUUCCGACUCGUGGACGUGGAUCGUCAAUUUGUGCCUCCACGGAAGGAGGUCGCCAUCUCACUGCCCCUCGAGGUUCCAAGACGGCAGGUCGAGUACGACACUUUCGACCUGACCAAGAAGAUGAUUGCCUUCCGCGAGUGGAAGGAUUUCGACCACGAGAUUGCGCGCGAACACCUCAUACAAGACCCGGUGCUACUCCAGUCUGAUGAUACGGGCGAUGGUCGGAUGGACUACACGACGGAUGUUCCAGAGGGUGUUGGCCGGGAGGUGUUCUACCUCAACCCUCCCGUCAACUACAUGGGACCGGUAGCCAACGGCGACGCAGCCGACUGGAUUGAGGUUCGCAAGGAGCGUCACGCCGUGUUGACCGAUGUGGCGGUGCGCCUGUCGGAUGCCUACACGAAAGCUCCGCGGCCUCUACUGCAGAAAAUGCUUGAGCGCAUGAGCGAUGGCAUGCGCCGGACCAAGGAUGGAGAUGAUCACUCUGAGCCCCCUCUCACGAAGCCGCAACUUGAUCUCCUGCGUGAGAUAUCGGGGGAGUCGUGGGAUGAUACGAGUCGGGAAUACGCAGCGCCCAUUCAAAAUCACCUCUCAGAGGAGCCCACUGUGAGAGACCAACAGCUUGCUCAGCUCGCCGAGUUCGAAAAGAGGCUCGCGGAAAUCUCGGAUGUGCCCUUCUGGGUGCCGCUCGAAGAGGAUCCGGGCCUUUCCCGAACUGACCAGAGCCAAUAUCCCCAACUUCGGCACUCGAGCACCGUCCGAAGCUUGCUGGGCAUGUCACUUGAUCAUCUGCUAUUGGAGAUUGGCAGUAUACGAGCACAGCACGAGAUGGUGCCUUGGUCUCUGGAGGACAUCCGACGAUGUCUGCGUGUCAUGAGAGAUUUUGGCCGCAUCCACUACGACGAACCUGCUGCCGGCGAGCCUGAGCAGGUCUGCCGCAUACCUCUCGCCGGCCAUCCGGAAAACAAAUACGUGAUUUCCAUCCCUACAGCUCAGUACUCGAACGGUGUGAGGACGAUGCCGGACGGAAAGCUUGAGGUCACAUAUAACGCCCAGGGAGACAAGGGACCGGUAAUUGUGCAGCCGAACAAGGAGACGUUCCUCCAAGAGCUCGCUUAUGGACUCGGGCGGGAGAUUGUGAACGUCCUCGAGGACAUGAGGGCUCCGCAGAUGACGCGACAACAGGCUGCUAUCGUGCUGGACAGGGCGGAAGCCUUGGUCCAAAAGAAGAUGUCUCUGCUGACUCCCGCGGACCGUGGUCAAACGGACGAAAGCUCCCCCGUCAACACCAACCUGAUCAAUCUUGUGUUGCUCGCGCGGGAGGCGAUCGCAACUACGCCCAGCCUGGUAGCCGAGCUCGAGAUCGACGAUGUCGACAACAUGAGUGAGCAGGAAGCUGCGGCAGUCAUCCAGACCAAGACCCUCCAGGAACUCAGCGACAACUUCGAGCCCAAGUUCCGCGCGACGAACGACGUUUGGGGCUUCGCAUCUGAUCGCCUGGCGGAGCAAAGACGGGCCCGCAGCGGACGCGACGUCCCGGUCAAGCCUCGCCCGACGCAAUUCUUCUCCAUGCUGCGAUAUCCCGUGUGUUGCCAAUCGCCAGCCGCGCAGAAGGCGAUUGAGAGCUCGGGUCCCGUCAUCGAGAGCAGGACCCAGACGCUGGUACCUCCUCCGCCUGGAGGCCGGCGAAGGGGAGCACAUGACAAGACGAAGGUGAGGCACAUCCGAGACCAAGUUCCGCAUUACCCAUUCGGCGAGACGCCAUAUCAAGAAGCGUACCAGAGUUACCUGAUGGACUACGAGUUGCGAGAUGUCCUUGGAUCUUUGGAUUCUGGGAUUCUUGAUUUCGUGGAUUUUGAGAUUCUUGAACUCUUGGAUUUUGGAAUUCUUGAACUCUUGAAUUCUGGAACUCUUGAACUCUUGAAUUCUUGA